AUCCAGGCAGUUAGGGAGGGAGGGAGUGCAACAGAGAGUUAGUGAGAUGAUGAGUAUUUACAAAUCAGUCCAUAUGGAUGGAUAAAAGAAAAAGGGGGGACAAAGAGAGAAAAAGAAGACCAACAUCCCUCUCAGGACUAAUCUCAGUGGACUUGUUUUUCUCUGUCUGGGACUCAGGAAGGAAAGAACAUCUGUCAGUUCUGUGACCCUUGUGUGUUCAUCAAUAUUCAAUCCCACUUCUUGGAUUACUGCUGGGAGGAACAGAAGAUAAACCAGCAGUUUCUAUCAGUCGACCUACGUAGAUUGUUGCAGAGCAGUAAGGAGAGGGGACAGCGUGGUGUAUGGACCAGCUCCGGAGCAUCUGUGUUUAUCCUGCAUGGUCACUGUGAAAGAAUGAUGUGGGACUAAAGGACAGAAAGAUGCAGCUCAUGCCCAUGCUCCUCCUUCCUAAAGUCCAAUUCUUGCCUAGGAUCUUUCUUGCAAAUCUACACGGCAGGCUCUCUGUCUGAUGAACUCACUUACACUACCUCAUGAGGAUGACCUUCUCCUGAAUCGUUGAAUCAACCCCCCUCCCAUGCACAUAUAAAUACUGGUGAUCACAAAUGUCACAUGUCAUGGUGAUUGGACACACAUGCACUCUAAUAAUCUGCUCUACACACGCUAUCUCCAGUGAUUGAGGGUUCAGCAUGUCGAGGGGCAAACUGGAGACCUGUGCUCGAUAUACAAGUCAAUGGCGGCUGGAGCCAGGCGUACAGAGACUGAUGAGUGAGGUGCAGAGUGAAGGCCUGUUCCAUUAGUGCUCCCAGGGGAGACAUGGGCCUGGAUGCUGCCCGGACGCACUGACCUCUCCUGGACAGAUUUUGGACAUUACUAUGGUGUAAACUGGGGAAUCUACAUGACUGACUGACAAACUCUGCGUCUUGGAGUACAAGCUAAUGGAUGUAACUAUUUUUUCUAUUUACAGAUCUGACUACUCUCUUCUCACCGGGGACAAAAAAAGCAAAAAGCAAGGAUUUGGAUCAUACUAUGAGCAGUACAUUCCAGCCCUGCUCAGGGAAAAGAGUCUGUGUUUCUUUGUUUUCUUGGUUGGCUGUGUCUCUCCUGCCUGGGAAUAUCAUGAGAUUAUAAACAGGAGGUGGCUCCGACAUUUUAUCCCUGUUCCACUCAUCCAUCAGUGCUCCCAGCAUCACCAAAGCAAAUGGACCAGAGAUCUGAGAAAAAGUCUGUAGAGGACAUUAGCCUAUGUUUUCUAACAUCCAUUGGGUGUAGGUGGCUGAUUCCUUAGCUUUCUUGCCAUUGAGGUCAGGAAAAAAAGCUGGCAGCCCAUAGACAGUCUUUGGCGAGACGAACAGGUGCUUUUCUGGCUGUCAGCCUCUCUGGGAGGGACUAGCAGUGAAAGGAAAAGCCUCGCUGGGGGGCUCUGCUGGAGCGGAAACACUUUUCCACUGGCUAUGUUUGGAUGUGAUGCUUGUCUCUGUGGAUGUAACAUAGACUCUAUGGCCUGAUUACACAGCCCUGGUAUUCAGAUAGUGCUGGAGGGAAGGGAUAAUGCAUAUCCUUUCCACCCUGGAACAAGAAGCCACCAUGAGCAACGUCACGGUCACCGACAACACUGAACCCAUCAGCCGCACCAUGAGUCCGGCAACCCCCAGCCCGUAUCCCUAUCCUGUUAGUUUCCAGGUCUCCCUGACUGGCUUCCUCAUGCUGGAAAUCCUCCUGGGCAUGAGCUCUAACCUCACUGUUCUUGCCCUCUACUGUAUGAAGUCGAACCUCAUUAGCUCUGUCAGUAACAUUGUCACUAUGAACCUUCAUGUACUGGACGUCCUGGUUUGUGUGUGCUGUAUCCCUCUCACCAUUGUGGUGGUGCUGCUUUCCCUGGAGGGAGACACUGCUCUCGUCUGCUGCUUCCAUGAAGCCUGUGUCUCCUUCGCUAGUGUUGCCACUGCCGCUAAUGUGCUGGCCAUCACCCUUGAUCGCUACGACAUCUCAGUCAAACCAGCUAACCGGGUGCUGACCAUGGGGCGUGCCCUGGCCCUGCUGGCAGCCAUUUGGGUGCUAUCCUUUGUUAGUUUCCUCGUACCCUUUAUUGAGGUAGGCUUCUUCGCCCAGGGCCAUGCUGAGCUGAACCAGACGUUGGUAGAGAAUGUCGUCCACACUAACCAGUACUACACAGAACUUGGCCUCUAUUACCACUUGAUUGCUCAGAUUCCUAUUUUCUUCUUUACUGCCGUUGUCAUGCUCAUAACCUACUCAAAGAUCCUGCAGGCGCUCAAUAUUCGCAUUGGCACACGUUUCCAUGCUUCACAAAAGAAGAAGGCUCGCAGGAAAAAGCGCCCAUCCAUGACGGCCAUGACAACGCAACAAGAAGCCACAGAUGGAUCCCAGAGCAGUGGCAGUCGCAACCCGACAUUGGGUAUGCGUACCUCUGUCUCUGUCAUCAUCGCCUUGCGCAGGGCUGUUAAACGCCACAGAGAAAGGCGAGAGCGCCAAAAGAGGGUUUUCAGGAUGUCCCUUCUGAUUGUGUCUACCUUCCUGCUGUGCUGGACACCCAUCACAGUACUCAAUACAGUCAUUCUGAGUGUGGGCCCCAGUGACCUAAUGGUCAAGUUGAGACUGGGCUUCCUGGUUAUGGCUUAUGGGACCACUAUCUUUCACCCUCUACUCUAUGCCUUCACUAGGCAGAAGUUCCAGAAAGUCUUGAAAAGCAAGAUGAAGAAGCGAGUGGUGUCGAUCAUUGAGGCAGAUCCUACCCCCAAUAAUGCCAUUAUCCACAACUCCUGGAUCGACCCAAAGAGGAACAAAAAGGUGACAUUUGAGGACAAAGACGCCCAACAGAAAUGUCUGUCAUCUGAAGAUGUGGAGUGACGAAACUCAUUAUCUUUAGGGUAUACAGUCAAUAAAAGCAGCUACAACUGACAUCAGGUCGUGAUGAAAAAGGGAAAAUGUUAAUCCAAAGCAGUAAUGUAAAUAAUAUGUGCAAUAGAAUGUACAAAAACAAAAAGUGGAUAAUUUAUUACUAUUUAUUGAGAAAAAAAGUAGGUUUCAUAGAUACAUCAUAUACUGUACUGUAGAUAUUGCAUGGCUUUUUGUAACAGUAGCAACAUACAGUACAUUGUGUACAUACAUAAUACAUGUACAGCUUAGGGUAAACAAGGUAUAUAAAUAGAGAGA